AAUGGUUGUCUGAUGGGGGGAAAAAAGCAUGUUCCACUUAAAUUGGCCCAUUUCUGGAUGUGUUGAUCAAACACAGGCCCAAAAUCACACAUGCUGAUUUAAUUUUCAGUAUCACAGAAUAUUGUAAAACUAUUAUCCUCUAUUCUUAUUUGAUUAUGAGGAUUUAUUUUAUCUUCCACAUUUUGUUGUGGAAAUAUAACAGCAUGAUGAUGCUGAACACAAAGGCUUUUUCUUGUCAGUUAGGGUGUCACUGCCAUCUACAGAUCAACAGUGAAAAUUCACUAAAUAAUCUGAUGUAUUCUCAGUGGUAGCCAGAGUACUAACAGCCUGUCAUGGAAUAGUUUUUUAACAUUAAUGAUCAUUUGCAUAGUAAUAGGAUUAAAGGAACUAAGUUAGUUGAUGAAUAUGCAGCGUUAUGUCUUCUCUAAAGCCGUGCCAUCAAUUAUCUCUAUGUAAACACUCAGCUAGCAUAUUUUCUUGUGCGUUGUUGACAUUACUAAUUAGCUAAUGUGUUAUCUGGUCUGUUAGAGAUUGGGAUUAGGCAUUUGUCAGGAUUGCCAGAUCUUUCCUUGCAUUUGUAGACUGGUCAGACCUUAUAUUUGUGUGGAUAGUAUAAAUGUGUACAGUGCCAUUAUGCUUUGCUGUAAUUUAUAUACACAUGGUGGCACCUAAAUUGGCUGCUUAAUGCUUCAAGUGAAGUAGUUUUUAGAGUAGCCAUCCACUUGAUAUAGGCCUGUCACCCAUACUUACCUUAUUUCUGCUGACACUAUUUUGUAAACUCACUACAUUAUAAUCUUAACCACCUUUAGUCCAUAAAAAUCUAAUUUUUAAAUCUAAAACUGUCUCAAACUUCUGGAAAAAAAAAUCAACACUUGACCUUUCUGUGUGAAACCUGUGGACUUGGCAACCCUGGCUCUCCCUGACUUUAUAGCUGAACUAUAAGUGGGAGGGAACAUGUAUUUUGAACACUUAUUGCUUUGCAUGCAGCACAUUCAAACAGCCAUGUAUACUGCAACUGCAGUUCUGCUCAUUGUGUUUGCAGCUCUUUUUGCUGCUUUUUGUUUGUUGGUAGUUGUCCUGGUAUACUUUGAGCUGAGAAAUUCAAAUAUUCCUCCUGGAGUUGCUAAUCCUGGGAAACUACGUGCGAUUCAUUGUGCGUAUGUUGGGAUAAACGUUGUGGGCCAAAUUCUGGAGCAAUUGGGGCUGUGUCAUCAGAUGAAUUUUAUACGAUGGUGCAGAUGUUGUAUCAUGGCCAGCAAAAGACCAGUGCCACAAGGGCUUCGUAUUAAGGACUUGACCUUCAGUGGAGUUCCAGUGAGGGUGUACGAGCCUACAGCUGCCUCGGGAGAGAAAAAAAGAGGCCUGGUUUACUUUCAUGGCGGCGGAUGGAUGUUUGGCUGCAUUGAUGAUUACGAUGAAGUGUGUCAGUAUAUAUCACUGGAGAGUGAUACCACAGUUAUCUCUGUUGGUUACCGUCUGGCCCCCCAACACAGGUACCCUGCCCACUUGGAUGACUGUGAGGUCGUGACUCGCCACUUCCUAUCAAUAGCGGCAACCGAUUUCGGGGUGGACCCACGUAGGGUGGCAGUUGGUGGGGACAGUGCAGGGGCGAACCUGGCAGCCGCUCUCUGCCAGAGGCUGUCGAAGACGCAGGAUGGUCAUCUGCCAUCUCCCUGUGCCCAGGUUCUCAUCUACCCGGCUCUGCAGAUGGCAGAUUUCCACCUGCCCUCAUACCAGCAGAACCACUCUGUGCCCAUAUUGUUCAGAGGCCGAGCGGUGUUCUUUUUCCUGCAGUACCUCAACGGGAAUACGUCUGUGAGCCAGCAGGUUCUGGAAGGCAAGCAUGUUCCUGCCGAGCUAAAACUUCGCUAUAAGAAAUGGCUGGAUCCAGAUAAUCUUCCACCUCAGUUUAGAAAGGGAGCAAGAAGUCCGCUGGUUAUCGCAAACCACGAUCCUGAUGUCUAUCACAUCGUCAAACAGGGCUUAGAUCCAGAGAUCUCCCCUUUACUAGCCGAGGAUGACGUUCUUCGCCUCACGCCAGCCGCCUUCGUCCUGACCUGUGAGUUUGAUGUUCUGAGAGAUGAUGGCAUUCUGUUCCAGAAGAGACUGAAGGAUGUAGGAGUGGAUGUCACGUGGGAGCAUCUAUCUGAUGGCUUCCACGGGAUCAUCAGCUUCUUCAACCAAGGCUGGUUGACAUUUCAAUCAUCUCGAAGGGGUAUGGACAGCAUUGUAAGAUAUGUGAAGACUCUCUGACUGGGAAGUCAAAAGAUUUGUCAGAAUGAUUCAGGAUAUGGCUUGUAUGAGGUUUUUCGAAUGAACAAAAAUGCACUUUAAAGGGUUAGUUCACCCAAAAAUGAAAAUGACUCACCCUCAUGUCGUUCCACACCCGUAAGACAUCUUCAGAACACAAAUUAAGAUAUUUUUGAUAAAA